GGCCUACGGUAAGUCUUGAAGAGGGCUGCAAGUGGGAAGGCGGGAGCGGGAGCGGGAGCACGAGAGAGAAUGGCCGACAGAUUGGAGCGGUGGCUUCCCCUCUUCGAGAUCUUCCUCAGCUCCGCCGCGCCGGAGGGCGACGCCUCCCUCUGGUUCGAUAACCACCACCAUCCCACCACCGCCUUCCUCUCCCUACUCCUCUCUGCCGUUCCCUCUUCUCGUUCCCCGCCGCCCAUCCUCCUCCAAACCCUUCCCCCCGCCCUUCAGUCCCGCAUCCUCUCCUUCCUCGCCGUCCACCACCACCGCUUCCCUCGCGCCUGCCUCAUCUCCCUUGCCGCCCACUUCCUCGACUCCUCCGCCUUCAUCGAUAGCUCUGCUUUUUGGGCGCGUAAGGCCGCCCACCACCUGCUCGAUGCAGUGUCCUCUUCGGCCCCUCCCGUUGCCUGUGGACAUACACUUGAUCAUCUUCACCGUAGAACGAAUGAGAACGAUGUCGAUCUCUAUGCGUUGCCUCAAUGGCUUAACGAUCCCGUCUUUGCUGCUGCUCCGCUUCUUCCUUGGCUUCCUCUCCCUGCGGGCUCAUUGCCCAGAAGCAACGAUCGAUAUUUUGCUGCCGAACCCCAAUCAAUGGAAUUAGUCGCUUUUCGAGAUGAUGAGCCUGCGACAUAUUCUCCUCUUCCUCCUCCUCCUGUUCUUGAUCCACAGAUAAUCGAGCGUGCUUCGGUUUUGAAAGCGGGGCUGUUGGCAUCAGAGGCAGCACCUACAGCCAUUCUCUUGGCCAAAGACAUCCGACAGCUCUGCUUGGACUCUGGAACUGGCAGCCAGCUUAUGGUUCUUGGCUUGAUCCAACCUUGGGAGGCCGACGAUGAGAUGGCUUCGGUUCUCCUUUCCAACUUGUCGGGAGAGCAUGGCUUGAGUUUCGUGGGAUGGCACGCCCACGUUCUCUGCUCGCUCGUCCUCCCCAAGCUGCUGACGCUCCAAAAGCCGGCGUCGAGGGUGCUGCUAUCCGCCACGACACGGUUCUGCCAGCUCCAUCCUGUGGCGGCCGUCGAAGCUCUACUCCUACCCUUGUCACUUCGCAAGGAAGGGCUCAAUGUGGUUCUCUGUGAUGCGCUGGCGAGGGUCAUCAGAGAGUGCUUGAACCCGGUGCAUGUUUCGGCCUUCUGCCAGAGAUUGCUUUGCGGGAAUGCGGGGGACAGGAGGCCUGUGUGCUUGCCAUGCCAUGAGGAGUUGCUAUCUGAUGAGCUGGUGUGGACAGAAUCGCUGUUCAUGCUAUUCAACCAUGUCCUCAAUCACAAUGUUUGUUUGACACCCGACACUGCAGACCAUCUUGUGUCCGUGAUCGAUGAGAACGCACACAAGUUCUCUAAAUCUCUGAAGUUUGGGAAUUUCAUGUUGUGUUUCGUCUCCAAAUGCGCUAGAGCUUCCAGCCUGCACAAGGUUUCGUUGGAGAGAGCUGCUAUGAGGACAGGAACUUUCGUGACCAAAUCCAUACUAUCAAAGUUGAGCGUUUAGGUGAGGACAGCCAAACAGCUGGUUGUGUAUGAUUAAGCCACUAAUUCGACCUAUUGGCACAGAGUGGAUCAGUUGCUAAGGAUGCUGAUCUUCUAUUGGAUGUAGACAAUCCUCUUGUUCUCUUCAAUGCAGCUACAGCUUCUCAAUCCAGAGACCAUUGUCUCACAUGGUAAGCUGUUCCAGCUUCUCUUUUAUACAUCUAAUAUUUAUCUUAUAAUGCUUGGACAUCCAGUCUUUGUAAUGUUGGAGGUCCAGGUUAUAGCUUCCAAAUGAGAUCGAACAUGUUGAGAUCGAUGCUCUUUCUUCAGAAUUAUGCGAAAGAUCUGCUACUAUGGGUUUGUUUUCCCAACACCAGCUUCUUAAGCUUGCCGAUAAACUUCAUUUUCUUGGAAUUUCCAUGUCUGGUUGAGGAGAUGACUUCGAUCGCAGCGUCUUCAGAUUCUUCAGUGGAUGUUUGUGAAGAAAAAGAAUGCUCUGAGUCAAAGUCUACGAAACUCGAGGUUUUCUCAUCGAUACCGGAGUCUGCGUACUCCAUCAUGUGCAGCUUUGGUUUCUCCUCGGACUCGGGACUCGAGCUCUUGCUGAGAUCCUUCGCCGCUGAUUUCUGCUUGUAGUUCUUCAGCUCGUACCUAAGGCAUGCAUUGACCCAUCGAAGGUACACCAGUUCUUCGACGUCGGCGGCCUUUUCGGUUUUGAGCUGUUCGAUGUCCUUCACCAGUUUCUCGUUUGCUACCUUCAAGAAGUUGGCUUUCGCCAAUGCAUCUGCCUGCAACUGGAGUGGACGAUGUCUCUUGGCUUUGAUAUGAGCUUUGAUGGAAGUAAGAAGCAAGAAGAAGGAAGCAUGUAGAAGACGCUACCUCUUGAGCCUCAAGUGCAGAUGAUGCAGAAGCUUGUGCUGACUCCAGCUUUCUCGUCAGGUCAGAGUUCUGCUCCGUUAGACUCGAGUUGACCAGUUUGAGUUGUGCGGCUUCAUCUUCCAGCUCCGCCAGCCUCUUCAGCUUUCCCUCCGUCUCCUCGUUGUUCUGACGCUGCAAUUGGCUGAUCCUUUGAUGAAGGGAAGCUGUUCUCUCCGCCGCCUGCUCUGCAUCCGAUCGCGACUUCUUCUUCAGAAGCCUGAUCGUCGCUCUCGCAGACUCAAGCUCGUUCAUCACUCUCGGAAGAUCCGCGAGCUGAGCUUCGAGCCUCUGGUUGUCGGACUGCAACGACUCGAUCCUUAAAGAGGACAACCUUGCUUCAGUCGAGCUCAUCUGCAGUUGGCGCUCGAGAUCUCUCACGGCGGCCGCCUGCUCUUGCAUUCCGUAAUACUCCAGCAGUUGGAGCUCCAGGCUCCUCUCGUUCUCUUGGAGGGAGCAAACCAAGCUCCGAAGGCUUGCUAUCUCUUGCUCCGUCACACUGUCCUCUUCGAUCGACGGGUUCUUGGGCCGGGAGGCGUCCAGAUCUUUCACCGUGUGAUCGCACUCGUCGUCGCCGGAGCUCGUCUUGGUCGGAGCCAAACGCAGCGCGGUGGUGGUCGAAGUGCCGUUGACGAUCGUCGCCAAAGCCGCUUUCUUGAGAUGAAAGACAGAAGAUUAGCCAGAAACCGAUUGAUAUAAAGAUGGCUCGAUCACGAGCAGGGCUUUGAUUCUUACGCCUUUUAGAAGUCGAAGUUCUUUGAGACCAACGCUUGACCUCCCGGUGGCUUGCGACAGGGCACCUGCGAUCAGGAAACACACAUGGAAAUCAGCACCAAAUGCAGUCAAGAUCGAAUUUUGAUGUUUGGCGUCGGUAAAGAUGGAGCUUUAAUGAAUCGGGGAAUGGGCAGAUGAAGAACACCUGAAGAAUAACGAUGGGUGGAAGCAGCAGGAGAGGGAACGCGCGGUCGGGCGCGAGACGAGAGCUGGGCGACGAUGAAACCUGCGAAGGUGAGACCGAUUGGGACGCCAAGCUUGAUGAUGAUGGGAUUCACGCCCCUGCUUCUCACCAUCGACUCCAUUACUCCGCUAAUCUAUCUUCCGCCGUCCUAUCUACCAAUCCGCCGCCAAAGCCGACACCUUUCGCCAAGAAGAAGAAGAAGAAGAAGAAGCCGAGACGACAAUGGAGAAAGCAGCCGACCAGAACUCUGUCGAGCUUUCCUGCUCUAAAGAAGAGGACGAACGCAAUGCAAGGGGGAACACGCAAAAGGCGAAUCCGCCGGGUGGCCUUCUUCCGCUGCCGCUCGUUGUCGAGGCUCGGCAUCGUCUUCUGCACCUUUUGAUCUCGUGAGGGCGGAGGUGAUCCAGAGAGAAGAACGGAAGGUGGCGCGGAGAGCUCGCUUCACUUUUGGUUCGCAACCUUAACCUUGUUAAAACUUCAUUACACUUUUGGCAUAUAUUGUUGAGCAUGCACUAAAACGUCAUUAACUGUUAACGGGGCAACCACAUGGUUUAAGAAUAGAUGCCAACAAAUGAAUCAGCCAAAUAUAUACAAAUUCCUAUAGAUUUAAAAGAGUCUGAAUGCUAAACUCAAUCAAUGUUGCUACUUGUUAAUGUGGCAGCAAAUUGGAAUCAUUAGCUU